GACGUUAGGCUAGUUGAUCAAGAGAAAGUGUACGUAAUUUUAUAUGUCUAAAUGAGUUUUUUGCCUGGAACAGCGAGUUUAAUCAAGGAAAUUAACAAAGAACUGCUUGUCGUGUUGCGAGAUGGAAGAACACUGAUUGGAUGUUUGAAAAGCAUUGAUCAGUAUGCAAAUCUUCUUCUGCAAGAUACAAUUGAAAGGAUACAAGUUGGAAAGAAAUAUGGAGACAUAUAUCGUGGCAUUUUUUUGAUUCGUGGUGAAAAUGUGGUCCUUGUUGGAGAAUUUGAUGGUAGUGCUGAUGAAAAAACCCAAAUGAUAAAAGUUGAUGUUGAAGAAAUUCUUGAGGCUCAAAGGUCUGAUCAAAUUGCAAAAGAUGAACAUGAGAGGGCAUUAGUAAAAGCUCGACUACAACUGGGUAUGCAUGUCAAUCUGCCUGACUCUUACAUUGUAUCUAAAGAUGACUUUGGCACAUAAACUGCACUUAUUUAGAACUCUAGUUGAUGUUGUGUGUCUCAAAGAUUAUUUAUAUUCAUUUGAAUUCUUUAUAAAUUCACAUAUCAUUUUAUGUUGUAUGUAAUGAAAAAAAUUUGUUGUAAAUAUAGUGUUUAAUUUAAAACAAAUAUUAGCCUUUGUUGAAGAGUUGUGUGCCUUGUAUAAAUAAAUGUAUUUUUGUACACAAAUAAAAUUGGUUAAAAACUAA